GACUAUAUUGCCAAUGUACAAAUAAAAAUAUUAAAUUCUUGUAUUAAAAUGUUUUUAUUUAGGUGAUUCAGGAUUUCUUAAGGCCAUGGAUUAUGACUCCUGUAACAGGUGCAGCAGAAAAUAGUCCAGAAGCAGCAUAAUACAAAGCAAAUAAGAUGCCGUUCGUCAUAAGAGCAAUGCAAUGGAGUAUUAAAAAAGCGUUUUAGAUGCUGUUACGUCGUGACGACUGCACGAUUCUUCUCUUUCGGGUAUCAGUUAUUAGAAUUUAGUUAAGCAGAUAAACGGAUGACACAUGUUCUGUUACGCUGUUAGAUCGCGACGGUUACGCAACUGAUCUCUUCCGGGGGUCAGUUACUAGAAUUUGGCUAAGCAGAUAAUCUCUAUUAUUCUAAUCGCUGAAGAACAACAUGUGUACAGAUGUUUUCCUCAAUGAAAUCAUAUAUAUAGUGCCCUUAAAGGCACGGAAUGCGCACUGCUACUUCUUUUUUUCAUGCGGUCAGAACAGUUUCAGUCUGUCAGUUUGUCAGUAAUUCAAUCAGUCGGUGUCAGUCGAAUAUUUUUUCACCAAGUACAAGUGACCAAGUUUCCUGGCGAUACGCUUUCACCUUCAUCAUCUCGCAGAUCCCUCCGGCAUUCCAGAAACAGAACAUGAAAGCUGCAUCAUCCACUCUUUCCGAUGCUCAGAAACGGAAGCGAGCUCUGAAGAGGCUCCGUUACCGUCGCAACAAGCGAGCUCGUCAAUCAGGGAACUAUCCCUCGCCUAGGACAUCCGAGGUUUUGACACAUGAAGAAACCACGAGUUGUUCCAGCAGGAGACCCCAUUAUUUAUACAUAUCUCCUCCGUCCUAUUCCCCGAUCAAACCAUCUGAACCUGGAUCACCCCCAGAUUUCAGUGUACUCUUCCCAGAACGCCAUGACCUCCAGAUAUAUCCAGAUUUCCGCACCCAGAAAUCCUUGGACGAGUUCUGCGAACUCCGGACUCCUUCCCCUCCUCCCCUAGACCUCACUAUCGAAAACCCGACCUCCUCUCAGAAACAACCACACACAGAUAACAAAAUACAAAUUUAAAUAGAUUAAUAACAGAUUAAAAAUACUAAACUAAUAGAAUUUGUAUACAGAAAUCAAACAAUACAUCCGUCAAUUUUUAGAACAUUUAUAUUACAUGAAUUUCUGUACGUAACAC